AAUAUUUAGACGAUUCAAAUAUGAUUCCUAGGCAGAGAGGCGUCUUUUCAGAAGUUCUCGUCACAGAGGAUAAGGAAGAAUUGAAAAAGAGGUCAGUUAUUGGUCCUAAUAAAGAUGCUAUUAUGACAGCCAAUGCUGUCCAGAAGAUACCUAGAGCAACUGGAAUUAAGAGAAGAGAAAAGUUGCUCAACUCACAGGCUGCUAUUGUGGAUACGAAAAGCAAGAUUUUGGGAAAAAGUUAUUUCAGGAACCCAGAGGUGAACCUUGGAUACUAUUCAAAGAAGAGAGAAGGAGUUGCUGACGUUGAUCCCAAGGUACUAGAGCCAUACAUUCCUCUAAAAGAUCAUCCUCCAAGGAAAGUUAUCAUCGACAGACAGAAAAAGUUAUUUGCUUCGAUUAACAUCGAGGAAUUGUUGCUUCACCUUGGAGUUGAUUACUCAAUCCCACCUAAAGUUGCUGAAGAGAGUUGGAACACGCCAUUUAAUGUUCCUGACUUAAGUGCUCAAGUUGCCUGUUGCAAACUCCCACUUGAACCCUUUGAUGAUUCAGAGUACGAUUGUAGAACCCCUGAAGAAUGGAUAAAUUGUGGAAUCCAGCAAGACCAAAAAUUUGAACCAAUACCAGGAAAGAGUCUUUGGAGGGAUGAAAAUGGUGUUGGACACUGGAGGAAAGUCUUGAUCUACAAAUAUGAUGAAGAAAGAGAAAUCUAUGAAGGGAUUUGGGAUGGGACUACCAAGAAAUGAGAGGUAACUAGAAUAAACCUCCUCUUUGAUGCUGAAGACCCUAGAAUUUUUGCUCAAAGGGUUGCUAAAGCUCACAGAGAUAGAAUGUAUGCUGAUUCCCAGAUCAGAUACAACUUUAUUCUUAGCUUUAUGCCAACAGAAGAUCUUCAAGAGUUAGACUCAGAACAAACAAAUAGGAUUCAAAAUAUGGCUUCAAAAGGGCAUUCAGCUAACUCGCAGGCUGCAACUAACAUGAUAAAUGAAGUCAACAAGAAUUACUCUAGAACAAUGAACAAAGAGAUUCUUCAUAAAGCCAUUUUUGAAGAAAAGAAGGAAGAAGAUGAAGCUAAUGGAAAAGAGCUUAUCAAUGUAGAACUUAAGUUCCCAGAGCAAACAACUGACUUAGUAUACAAAUCAUCUUUAACAGAGGGAGUUGACAAUAAGUUUAACAAGGAAUGUCCUUAUUUUGCUAUGAUUCCAAUCCCAGCUCAUGAUUUCCCUAAGAAAUUUUCAGAUUUCUGCUUCAACUCCCUCUACAUUAAGCAGGAAGUAAUUGAAGCCAUGGUUAAGAUCAGGACUUCAUGUAAUGACCUGAUCAAGAAGUACAAACUGUUUGACUGUACAAAAGAUAAGACUACCAGACUGGAAGAAUUUAAGCAGAUUCAAAAUUCUGCUCACUCUCAAAUAAAAUUUGCUACAAGAGAUCAGUGGGUUAAUAAGACCUUAUGCAACAUCAUUAAUGACUCUUUCAUGAACAUUGGCAAAGGAUGGUACAACAUUCAUGAUACUUCCAAGGAGACUUAUGAAUUCGGAAAAUUGAAGAGGUUCCUGACCACUGUUAAUUUCAUGAUGCAGGAUACGGUUCUAACUAUUUGCAAAGAUAGUGUCUAUGAAUUCCAGGAUUAUAUUAUCAAAUUUAUCCCGCUUGCUACUCAGAUCAUCUCCUCUAACGAAGUGACUAAUGAAUUCCCCAAGAAAGUCAAGGAGAAUGAAAGUGAAGGCGAAGGAGAAGGAGAUAAGGCAGGAGAAGAUGACGAAUCCGAUGAUUCUCACCAGACAAUCACGCUCGAGGCCGAUACAGCUGAUCCUAACCCAUUGUUUGUGCUUGACCUCGUUCUUAAGCAUGGCCAAGAGAUCCCUCAGUACCAUGUAGACCCUACAGAUGUUGUUGAAACUGUGAUGGGUAUCUUUGAAGAGGGCAUUAAAGUUUUGCAAGAGAUCCCACAACUGGAGCCAAUUCUUUUGAAGCAUCUCUUCUUAAAGAAUACCCAUGGUAAUAAGUCUCUGAAAGCACCAAUGAUUCCUUUGACUGAGCCGGCAAUCCCCGAUAAAAAGCAUGUCUUGCCUGAUGAGAACACAUGGUUAUGGGAUGCCUUCCAGAAGAUCAAAGAAGCUCUCCUCUCAGGAGUUGAGCCACUAAGAGAGUAUCUGAAGACCUUUGAAAAGUUUGUUCCUGAAAGUCAACUCAAUGUUGAUAAACACAUUAUGAAAUUGAAUGAUUUUGAGAAUCCAGCCUCUGUUGAUGAGAUCAAAAUUGAUAUUGACAAACAUAGAAAGGAAGUACUCAGAAUUGAGGAAGAAAUCCCAGAGCAUUUGAACAUCUCCUACUUCCAAGUCAACUGUAAAGAUAUCAGAAAGCUCUUUGCUGGAAAGCAUGCUUCUAUUGUUGAGAAGGAGACCAAAUUGAUAGCCACUAGAGCUAGAGAGAAGAACGAUGAGCUCACUGUCAAAUUUGAGCAAAUGGAGUCAGAUAUCAGAAAAACUCCAAAUAAUAUAGAAGAGCUCCAAGAGAUCAAGGAUAGGAUGGCUGCUCUCCCAACUGAAAUUCUGAAGGAAAAGAAUGAAAUUAAGGAUUGCAUGGAAAUCUACGAUCUGCUUGAAGAUUUUCAGCAUGAGUUCUCAAUGACUGAGCUAGACUCUAAGUGGGAUCUCUUCGCAGCCCCAAAAAGACUUAUGGAAUGUAUCCAAGGACAAGCUUCUAUUCUCGAAAAGCAAAAGGAUGCCUUCCUGAAAGAUAUGGCUCAAGAGCAAGAAGAAUUUGAAGAAAUGCUAGAAGGAAUUGGAAUGACUGUUGGAGCGUUCUCUCAAUGUGACGACAUUAACAAGUUUGAACAGUAUUUUAUCGAUGUUGAAAGUGUCAACGCAAGACUAAAGGAAUACACUGGUAAAACUAAUCAGUUCAAUAGAAGAGAAGCUUUGAUGGGAAAGCCAACUACUGACUAUAGCCAGCUGAGACAGUGAGCAAAGGAUUUCGAACCGUAUUCAAAUCUGUGGAGCACAGCUAGAAACUGGCACCAUCAUAACAAGAGUUGGCUUGAAGAUCCAUGGGAGGACCUUAAUGCUGUCGAGCUCGAAGAUAUUGUCCAAAAUUCCUUCAAGACUAUUCUUAGAACUGUUAGUUAUUUCAAAUCUAAGGACAUGGAAAAGAUUUCUAAAAUUGCACAAGAACUCAAACAAAAGAUUGAUGUUUUCAGAAAAUAUGUCCCUCUUGCAGUUGCCUUGAGAAAAGAAGGCAUGUACGAAAGACACUGGGACCAGGUCAGUGAAGGAGUCGGAUUCGAUAUUAGACCUACCGAAGGAUUUACUCUCACAACUGUUAUUGAGAAGGGUCUUGAGAAACAUAUCCCACUUUGUGAAGAAGUUGGAGAAAAGGCGGCAAGAGAAUAUAACAUUGAAUGAAUGCUUCAGAAGAUGCAAGAAGACUGGGUUGGAGUCAAUUUCCUGACUCCUCAAUUCAAAAAUACCCCAACUUCCUAUAUUUCUGGAUUUGAUGAAGCUAUGAACAUGCUUGACGAGCAUAUUGUCACCACUCAGGCAAUGCAGUUCUCUCCUUUCAGAGGACCAUUUGAAGAUGAGAUCACAAAUUGGAAUUCAAAGCUCUUACUUGUAUCAGAUACAUUAGAAGAAUGGGUCAAAUGCCAAGGCCAAUGGAUGUACCUCCAACCUAUCUUUGAUUCUCAAGAUAUUAUGAAACAGCUUCCACAAGAGACUAAGAGAUUCAAAUCUGUUGAUUCAACUUGGAGACAUAUCAUGAAUCAAACCAACCAGUCCCCAGGCAUUCUGUCUGCUUGUUCCAAAGAGGGGCUUCUUGAGAAAUUCACUGAAGCCAAUAAGAAUCUUGAGAUCGUCCAGAAGGGAUUGGCAGAGUACUUGGAGAAGAAGAGGUCUAUCUUUGCGAGAUUCUAUUUCUUGAGUAAUGAUGAGCUCCUUGAGAUCCUUUCUCAAACUAAAGAAGUUAGAAACGUCAGACCCCAUCUGAGGAAAGUCUUCGAAAACAUGGCUGAUCUCGAGUUUAGAGAUGAUGACACCAUCCACUCAAUGUACUCAGCUGAAGGAGAAAACGUCGGCUUUGUGAAGAAAAUUGAUCCAAGAGAAAGAAAUGUAGAAAACUGGAUGGGAGAUGUUGAGAAAAUGAUGAUAACAUCAGUCAAAGCUGCAUUCUUUAGAUCUAUUGAAGAUUACAAAACCAAGCCAAGAGUUCAAUGGGUUCUUGAACACCCUGGGCAAUGAAUACUCAAUGGCUCACAAAUUCACUGGACUCUCGAAGUAGAAGAAGCUAUUAAAACUAAAGGGUGCGAGGGAGUCAAGGAAUACCACGAAUUCUUGCAAAAGCAGUUAGACGAUACCGUUACUCUUGUGCGUAAGAAAUUGAGUAAAAUGCAAACAAUCACCAUGAAUGCUCUAAUUGUGCUCGAUGUGCAUGCCAGAGAUGUGGUGGGGACACUCUUCAAAGAAGGAGUCAGUGAUGUUGGAGCUUUCGAGUGGAUCAUGCAGCUUAGGUACUACUGGGAGAAUGAGGACUGCUAUGUAAAAUGCAUACAGACAAACUUCCCUUACGGGUAUGAAUACCUAGGAAACACCCUCAGGUUGGUCAUUACUCCAUUAACAGAUAAGUGUUACAUGACUUUAAUGGGAGCUCUUACUCUUAACCUUGGAGGAGCUCCGGCAGGACCAGCUGGAACUGGUAAAACAGAGAGUACAAAAGAUCUUGCAAAGGCUCUUGCAAAGCAAUGUGUGGUGUUCAACUGCUCUGAUGGAAUGGAUCACAUUAUGGUCGCCAAGUUCUUUAAAGGUCUCGCUUCAGCAGGAGCAUGGGCUUGCUUCGAUGAAUUCAACAGAAUCAAUAUUGAGGUGUUAUCAGUAAUUGCCCAACAACUGUUGGUUCUGUUUGGAGCUAAAGAAACAUCUGAACCAGAAAUCGAGUUUGAAGAAAGUAUCAUUAGAAUGAAACCAACAUUCUCAGUCUUCAUUACAAUGAACCCAGGAUAUGCCGGAAGAACUGAACUCCCUGAUAACUUGAAGGCCUUAUUCAGACCAGUGGCAAUGAUGGUACCAGACUACGCUCUGAUUGGAGAAAUCAUGCUUUACUCUUUUGGAUUCAAGAAUGGUAAACCUCUAGCAAGAAAAAUGGUGACUACUUUCAAGCUUUCAUCAGAGCAGUUAUCAUCUCAGGAUCACUACGACUAUGGAAUGAGAGCUGUAAGAUCAGUCAUCAACGCUGCUGGUCUCUUGAAAAGAGCUCAUCCAGACAUGGACGAAGAUCAGCUUCUUCUCAGAGCCCUAAGAGAUGUCAAUGUUCCUAAGUUCUUAAAAGACGACCUCCCUCUGUUUGAAAAUAUUAUCCUUGAUUUGUUCCCUGGUGUGAAAAGACCAGAACAAGCAUAUGGCGACCUGGAGCCGUCGAUCCUCAAGAGUUGUGACCACUUUAAUCUACAGCCAGUUCAGCCAUUUUUGGAUAAAGUCAUACAGCUCUAUGACACGAUACAAGUCAGGCACGGUCUGAUGCUUGUUGGGCCAACGGGAGGUGGAAAGACAUGCAACUAUAAAGUUCUCUCUCAUGCCAUUACUGCACUUAAAGAGCAAGAAGAGUUUGAGAAAGUAAAUACUCACGUGAUUAACCCUAAAUCAAUUACUAUGGGACAGCUCUACGGAUAUGUGGACCCCCAGACCACUGAAUGGGUGGAUGGAGUUGUGGCAAAAAUGGUAAAUGACUGCGCAAAGGACCAAUCCCCUGAAAAGCACUGGAUAAUGUUCGAUGGUCCUGUCGACGCCCUUUGGAUCGAAAGUAUGAACACUGUCCUUGAUGAUAACAAAAAGCUUUGCCUGAAUAGUGGACAAAUUAUCUCCCUCUCUAACCAAAUGACAAUGAUGUUUGAGGUUGAAGACCUUGCUGUGGCCUCUCCUGCCACAGUUUCUAGAUGUGGGAUGGUUUAUAUGGAGCCAGAAGCUUUAACAUUGCAGCCAUUGAUCGACUCAUGGCUUGAGUCACUACCUCCGAAAAUCAGAGAGAGUGAGAAGAUCAUGAAGAAGCUAAGGUCAAUUUAUGAAAAUGUUAUGGAUGAUGCUUGUUACUACUUAAGGAAAAACUGCACUGAGCCAGUGCUCACAGUCGACAAUAAUUUGUGCCAAUCCUCUUUCAGAAUUCUUGAUUCCUACUUCACCAAAUACCGAGAUACUGAAAUCAAGGUAGUUGAAAAGGCUGAAAUUGAAGAACUUGAAGGGAUGAUAACCAGCUUGGCAGCUUAUGCCUUGACAUGGUCAGUUGCUGCUACGACGGAUAUUAGUGGAAGGAAGAGAAUGGACGCAUUCCUCAGAAACAAAUUCAAAGAGAAUGAGAUGGAGUUCCCUAAAGAGAACACAAUUUAUGACUGGAGUUUCGAUGAUAAAAAUAAAGAGUGGAAACCUUGGCUUGAGAUUAUUCCUCCUUAUAAUUGAGAUACAAAACUGAAUUACUCAGAAAUCGUUGUCCCGACAGACGAUUCAGUGAGAAUGAAAUAUAUAAUGAAGCAUCUGAUCAUGAAUAAUACUAACGUAUUGACUCCUGGACCCACAGGAACAGGAAAGACGGUAAAUAUUCAGCAGCUGUUGUCUUCAGAAGUGCCAGAGGAAAUACUAUUUUUAGCUAUGACUUUCUCUGCUCAGACAAGCGCCAAUCAAACUCAGGACUACCUAGACGACAAGUUCACCAAGAGAAGAAAGGGAGUUUAUGGCCCUCCAGUCGGAAACAAGUUUGUUAUUUUCAUUGAUGAUCUAAACAUGCCUAAAAAGGAAGAGUAUGGAGCACAGCCUCCACUUGAGCUAUUGAGACAAUGGUUAGAUCAUGUUGGCUGGUAUGACAGAAAGAGCAAAGAAAAGCCAAUGAUGAGAAUUGACGACAUCAUGCUUAUGUGUUCAAUGGGACCCCCAGGAGGAGGAAGAUCUCCAAUUACUCAAAGACUUCAAAGGCAUUUCAAUAUUAUAACCUAUACUGACUUAGAGCAAAACACAAUUAACGGAAUCUUCUUCACGAUUGUGUCAGCAUUCCUUUCCACAUUUAGUGAAGACAUCAAGAAUAGUAUUGAAAAGCUUGUGAGCGCUCAGCUUAGGAUUUACAACGAUGUUCUGACUGGGCCCUUAAAGCCAAUUCCAAGAAAGAGUCAUUAUACGUUCAACCUGAGAGAUAUCUCUAAGAUUUUCCAAGGUAUCUGCUCUGUCAACAACCAGGCAGUCAGCGCGAAGAUAGAGUUGGUAAGACUCUGGGUCCACGAAAAUAAGAGAGUGUUUGGGGACAGACUUGUAGACCAAGAAGACCGAGAAUGGCUGGACAACGAGUUGAUCAAAGGAGGAGAAGAGUUCUUUGAAGUUGAAAAAACAGAGAUUUACAAUACAGAAAGAAUAAUUUUUGGCGAUUUUAUGAACGGGCUAGAUGUUGAGCCAAGGAGUUAUGAACAAAUCUACAAUCUCCCCCAGUUUGUUGAUGAAAUUCGAAAGUACCUUGAUGAGUAUAACGACUCAGUCAAAAACAAGAUGAAAUUGGUAAUGUUCCUGGAUGCUUGUGAUCAUGUUGCAAGAAUUAGUAGAUGCAUCAGACAGCCGCUAGGAAAUGCCCUCUGACUCGGAGUGGGAGGGUCAGGGAGGCAAAGCCUGUCAAGACUUUCAUCAUACAUUUGCAACUAUAAGCUGUUCCAGGUUGAAGUUGUCAAAGGAUAUAAUAUGCAAAACUGGAGAGAAGAUGUUAAGAAGGCUUUAAUGCAGUGUGGAGCUGAUAAUAAAGCAACCACUUUCCUUUUCACUGAUACUCAGAUUAUAAAUGAGCAAAUGCUUGAAGACAUCAACGGAAUCCUCAAUUCAGCAGAUGUUCCAAAUCUUUACAAGAAGGAAGACUUUGAAAUCAUCAUGGAGGUGGGAGAAAAGGAAUGCCUAGCAAGAAACAUCCAACCCACUACCAUGAACUGCUUCAGCUCCUAUGUCAACAGAGUCAGAAGCAACAUCCACAUGGUCAUAGCAAUGAGCCCACAAGGAGAAGUGUUCAGAAACAGAAUCAGGAAGUUCCCAUCGCUUGUUAACUGUUCAACACUAGACUGGUUUACUGAGUGGCCAGAAGAGGCACUUAGGGAGGUCGCAAUGGGAGAUCUUGAAGAUGCAGACUUCGACCUCGGAGACCAAAAGAAGAGCUGAGUCGAACUGUUUGUGCAUAUGCAUCAGACUGUAGAGGAAAAGAGCAAAGAUUUCCUGGAUGAACUCAGAAGAUACAAUUAUGUCACUCCUACAUCUUAUCUUGAACUGCUCAAUGUGUAUAAGAGUGUGUUUGUAAGCAAGCAACAAGAAAUUUCUUAUCUCAAGGAGAGACUCAACAAAGGACUUAAAGUGCUUGCUGAUGCUUCUGUCGAAAUUGACAAACUCAAAGACAUGCUUGAUAAAAAGCAACCUGAACUGGAGAAGACUAAGGCAGAAGUAGCCGAAACUAAAGAGGCAUUGGCUGCAGAUAAAGCAGAUGCAGACGAAGAAAGAGCAGUUGUCGCUGAGCAAGAAGCAAAGGCUACUGAACAAGAAGCAGAUGCUAAUGCUUUGAAGGAAGCUGCUGAAGCUGAGUUAUCUAAGGCAGCACCAGCACUUGAAAAGGCGACCAAGAUUUUGAAGGAGCUAGACAUUAACGAUUUUGUUUUCCUCUCCAAGAUUAAUAGCCCAGCUCCAACUAUUGUUGUUGGAAUGGAGUUAAGUUGCAUUAUGAUGGGUUUCAAGCCUAGUAAGAACAAACAAAAGCUAACUGAAAACGAUAUCAAAGGAUACUUCGAAUCUGCAAGAGUCAAUCUUCUGACCAAGCCAAAGGAGUUUAGGCAAAAGAUGAUUGAUUACGACAAAGACAACAUUCCAGAAAGCACAGUUGAGAAGGCUAAGAAGAUCAUUGAUAGUGAUGACUUUACCGAGGAAAGGGCCAAGCUAGCUUCCAUCUCACUGGUGGCUAUUAGAGGUUGGGCCCAAGCAAUGUGCACUUACCAUGACCUCCUCAAAAUUGUCAAUCCCAAAAGAGAGAAAGUUGCUGAGAUGAAAGAACAGCUCGCUAUUGUUUCUGCCGAUCUUGCAGAGAAGAGGCAAAGACUCAAAGAAGUUGACGAACGAAUUGAAGAACUUGAAAGAAUGUUUAGAGAGAAAGUCAACCAAGAAGAAGCUCUUACCAAAGAAAUAGACGAGUGUAACAAGAAGCUAGAAAGAGCAGGAAAGCUGAUCAGUGGCCUCCAAGGAGAAAAGAUUAGAUGGACCAAUACAGUUAAGCAAUAUGAAGAGGAGUUUGGUCUUCUUGUAGGAAACUGUCUAGUAGCUGCAGGAAUGGUGGCUUAUGCCGGACCAUUUACUUCCAAGUACAGAUCUAGCCUAGAAGAGGCAUGGAACAAGAGAAUUGCUGAUCUCAAGAUCCCUUCAAUCGCCAACAUCACAAUGAUUGGUCUGCUAGAAGAUAAAGUAAAGACUAAAAUAUGGACUGCUGCUAGUCUCCCAAACGAUAACCUCUCCAUCGAGAACGGUAUCAUCAUGUUCAAGAGUAGAAGGUGGCCUCUCAUGAUUGACCCUCAAAAUCAAGCUAAUAAGUUUAUCAAGAAACUCGGAGCAGAUGAAGCUGAGGUUGGACUUGACGUAAUGAAGACAAGUAACCCUAACCUUCUGAGAAACCUUGAAUUAGGAAUUCAAACAGGAAAGUGGGUCCUCAUCGAAAAUGUUGGUCAAGAACUCGAUCCAGCUCUUGAGCCUGUACUUCUUCAGCAAAAGACUAAGAGUGGAAGUGGAUACACUCUAAAAUUGGGAGAUAAAGAUAUUGCGUAUGACGCAAAUUUUAAAUUCUUCAUGACUACAACCCUCCCUAACCCUCAUUACUCCCCAGAGACUUCUGUAAAAGUGACAUUACUGAACUUUGCCAUCACUCCAUUCGGACUGGAAGAGCAAAUGCUGAAUCAAUUCGUGCUGCAAGAAAUGCCAGAUCUCCAGAAGCGUAAAGACAUGAUUGUGCAGCAGAAUGCCCAGUCAGCCAAAACUCUGAGAGAAAUAGAAGAUAAAAUCCUUGAAGGUCUCACUAAGAAUAGUGAAAUCUCUGCAAUCCUAGAGGAUGAUGAACUCAUCAAUAUUCUUGCCGACUCAAAGCAGACAUCUGACGAUAUCAACCAGCGACUGAUCGAGUCUGAAGAAACUGAAAAGGAAAUAGAUUUCACAAGAGAGAGUUAUAGAAAAGUCGCCUUCAGAGCUUCAUUGCUGUUCUUCUGUAUUAUUGAUCUAGCAUACAUUGAUCCGAUGUACCAAUACUCUUUGCAAUGGUUCUCUCACUUGUUCGGAAUUGCUAUUGAUUCUUCGGAGAAGUCUGAAGUGGUUGAACAGAGAAUACAAAAUUUGAAUGAAUCUUUCACAGAGCUUCUUUAUGAAAAUGUAUGCAGAUCUCUUUUCGAGAAGGAUAAAUUGUUAUUCUCGUUCUUGCUCACAAUGAAAAUAUUGUUCGGAGAUAAUAAGAUCGACCCAUUUGAAUGGAGAUACUUCUUGGCAGGACCAUCUGGAGAAUUCGAGAUUCCACCAAACCCAACUGACUGGCUUGGAGAAUUGGAAUGGGCAGAAGUGUACAAACAAGUCUUUGGAACUAAAGAUAUUGAAUGCUUCGAUGGAUUCCUUGACUACUUCAUGAAGAACCAUUCAAAAUUUAAGAAGAUGUUUGACUCAAAACAGCCAGAAAUUGAGCCUCUCCCUGAUGAGUGGGAAAAAAAACUAGACUCUUUCAGAAAGAUGGUAAUAUUGAAAGCUAUAAGACCAGAUAAAAUAGCACAGGCAAUUUCAAACUUUAUUGUUGAAAAGAUUGGAGAACACUUUAUUGUCCCUCCAACAUUUUCUCUUGAAAAAUCAUUCAAAGACUCUUCUGUAACUUCUCCUUUAAUCUUCGUGCUUUCAACUGGAUCAGAUCCUGUUUCCGAUUAUCUCAGAUUUGCUAAUGAACAAAACAUGAUGAGUAAGCAACAAUCAAUCUCCCUCGGAAAGGGUCAAGAUAAGAAAGCAGAAAAGAUGAUUGAAGAAGCUGCAUCGAGAGGAGGAUGGGUACUUCUGAUGAAUUGUCAUCUCGCCACUUCCUUCAUGCCUAAGCUAGAAAUAAUUGUUGAAAACCUCGAUGAUUCUAGUCAUAGAGAUUUCAGAAUGUGGUUAACAAGUAUGCCGAAUCCUGAUUUCCCUGUAUCUGUAUUACAGAACUCAGUCAAAAUGACUUUGGAACCACCAAAAGGAUUGAAAGCUAAUCUUUUGAGAAGUUAUAAUACCUUUGAUGAUAGAGAACUGAAUGAGAGCACUACUAAACCUGAAGCUUUCAAGAAACUCUUAUUUGCUUACUGUUUCUUCCAUGCUAUUGUGCAGGAUAGAAGAAAGUUCGGACCAAUCGGAUGGAAUAUUGCUUAUGAAUUCACUAAUGAGGAUCUUUCAGUAAACAUGAAGCAGCUGAAAAUAUUCCUCGACGAGUAUGAUGAAAUUCCAUUCAAAGUUCUUCACUUCCUUGGAUCAGAAAUCAACUAUGGAGGAAGAGUUACUGAUGAUAAAGAUGUGAGAUUAAUCUGAACCAUUCUUGAAGUAUACAUCAAACCUGAAAUUCUUGAGGAUACCUAUAAAUUCUCUGAAUCUGGAACCUACUAUGCUCCUCCAAAUGGAGAUUUAGAGGAUUAUAUUGACUAUAUUAAUACUUUGCCUCUUAAGCCACAUCCUGAAGUGUUUGGACUCCAUGAAAAUGCUGAAAUCACAACUGCCCAGAUGGAAACUCUGUCAAUUCUCGAAACAAUAUUAAAUAUUCAGCCACGCUCUUCCUCUGGAGCAGGAAAAUCAAGAGAUGAGAUUAUUCAAGAGCUUUCUGCUGGUAUUCAGAAGAGGACUCCUCAUGAAUUUGAUUUGGAAAUGGUUGGAAAGGAAUAUCCUACAGAGUACAAUGAGUCUAUGAACACAGUACUAUUCCAAGAAUGUGUCAGAUACAACAGAAUGCUUAUCAUCAUGCAUGAGUCAUUGGCCAAUAUCCAGAAGGCUAUUGUUGGUGAAGUAGUUAUGAGCGAAGAUCUUGAAAAGAUGAGUGACUCUCUUUACAACAAUCAAGUUCCAUACAUUUGGGAAGAGUUUGGAUUCUUAUCUCUCAAACCACUAGGAUCUUGGGUACAAGAUUUGAAUGACAGAGUUGACUUUUUGAAUAAAUGGAUUGAGGGAGGAACUCCAUCAGUAUUCUGGAUUAGUGGAUUCUUCUUUCCACAGGCCUUCUUCACAGGAACUUUCCAGAAUUAUGCUAGAAGACAUGUUAUUGCUGUUGAUCAGCUUGACUUUGACUAUAAGUACCUUGAUCAAAUUACUUAUACCGAUUUGACAGAAAAACCAGAGGAUGGAUGCUAUGUUUAUGGAAUGUAUAUCGAAGGAUGUAGAUGGGAUGACGAGAAGCACAUGCUAGGAGAUUCUCAUCCUAAGGUCCUCUAUACUGAUCUUCCUUGCAUUCAUUUCUUACCCAUUGUGAACAAGGAUCCUGAACCCAAAAAUGUCUAUAGAUGCCCAGUAUACAAGGUCCUCUCAAGAUGAGGAACUCUAUCAACAACGGGACAUAGUACGAACUUCGUACUUUUCUUAGAUAUACCAACUGAUAAAGAUCCAAAUGAAUGGGUUAGAGCAGGAAUUGCAGUUUUCCUUGCUUUGAGAUACUAAUUACUUUAUCCCAGUUACUUGAAAGAAUUUUAAAUU